GAAGAAUUUGUCUAUAUCGGAUUCGGAGGUUUAUAACUUAAAAAUAACUUCCCAAACCUCAGUUACACAAUAGCUAAACGCCUAAACCCAAUAUAGCGAAGAGAAUUCAAUCCACUGCUUCCUCACUUCAAUCUCCUCGGCGACACACACUCCAGCCGCCGCGUGCCACGUCAGCCGCCUGAAGCCACCAGUUCAACACCCUCCAUCAGCCGACCACCCUCCAAAGCCGGCGCAGUUCCUUAAGGUUACAUUAGUGCUGCUGCUUUUGAGCUAAUCAAACGACGCCGUUGUAGAUUUUUUUGGUGGAAAAUAAUGGGAGGAGGAAGGAAGAAUUUAAAGAGGGCUGUGGAGGAUAACAGUCUUACUCUCAAACAUGGCCAAUGUAUUAUGCAAGUUCUCUCUCUCCAGGGUUCUAAUCAAAUUGGGGUUAUGGAUGCAAAAGGUGAGAAAUCCUUGGCAUUUUUUCCAGCUAAAUUCCAGAAGAGCAUGUGGAUGAAAAGAGGGAGUUUUGUUGUAGUUGAUGAAAGUGGUAGGGAAGAGGCUCUUGAGUCUGGAAGUAAGGUGACUUGUAUUGUAACCCAGGUUCUCUUUCAUGAACAAGUUAAACGUCUACAAAAAGGUUCUGAGUGGCCAGAAGCUUUUAAGUCACAAACCCAUGACAGUUCUACUCAGAAUCUCUCGGGACUCGGUUGUGAACAAGAAACAGAAGAAACAGGCUCGAGCGAUGAUGAUGGACUUCCACCACUUGAAACAAACAUGAACAGGAGGAGGCCGUGUGAAUUGCACGCAGGCUCUUCGUCAAAUUCUGAUGCUGAUACAGACACAGAUGAAGAGUCAUAGGCUAGUACUUCUCUGGUAUUUUCCGCAGUUUUGAGCUGCGGAAUACACAUAUGACACUUGCACCGUCAUUCUAACAUCAUUCGAUUUCUAUACACCUCAAAUUUUGCACAGAAAACAAUUAUAUGCAAUUUUGAAGUUCAGGUUAUUCUAUUGAAUGGUAGCUGUAGGUUUAGUGGUAUGGGCAACCAUGUAACUGAUGGUUUUAAACUUCAGCAUAAUUAAUGGAGUAUAAAAAAUUUCACAAGUGCAUUGCCAUUGAAUGGUUGCUGUAGCAAAGAGCCAUAAAAUUUCAUAGAAGUAUGAAUCACUGCGGUGACGCGUGCUUCUGUUUGUAUCAGAAAUUUCCUGAGAUCCUCAUAAGUAUUAUCUUACACGAGUGGAAAUUCCCAUUGAAAUUUUUAAGCAUCAUCCAAAUUUAAAAGCUCUAUUAAGAGAUCCUCUAAAGAAUAUAUUAUUAUAGAUAUAAUUCAAGACAUUUUUUGUGAAUGAAAAUUGAGGGGCAAAUUAGGCGAUAAAUUUAGGUGAUCUUAUUUGGACAAUUGGACUAUAUGUAAUAUAUUCUUUUAUCUAUUUAAAUUUGCUAUAUUAUGUAAACUGAUUUGAAAGUAACUUGUAUGUUAAACGUAAAUCAACAUAAGAGUUAUUUAGAUGUUGUGUAUCAAAUUCAAUGAAAGAGAGAUUUAACUCUUAUAGUAAACUGAAAGAAAUAUUAUAUUUGAGCGGGUUCACCAUGAGGAAGUUUAAAUUUUACUAAUUCUCAUUUAAAACGGUUUUAUCUUGAGAUAACUUUAAAUUGAAUUAAAUAAUUUAAUCAAACUAAUUAAAACAACCAUUUUUUGAAGGGAGUACUGACGAUUAUCUUCCU